AUGAGUGAGACUACGAAUGACCGGGUGAAGUGUGCCUCUACGCUGUCGGUGUCCUUUCCGCGGGCUCCAUGGGAACAGCAGAGCAAAGGGGGGCAGCUAGAAUGGACUGAGGAGUUCUGUCGGGCGCUAUCUCAAGGAGUGCGCAAGGCUAGGAUGCGUGGAGCUUUGUACCGGAUGAUGGGGCCAUUGUCAGAGAUGACCAAGGAAGAGUUGGCUAAGUGGACGCAACAUGUGAGGCAAGGCCAUUUGCCUUACAACAAACGAUGUCAAACUUGUGUGGCCACCAAGGCGACGGGACACUUGCAUCGUCGGGUGGAAGCUCCUUCGUGCUUCACUUUAUCGGUGGAUGUGUGCGGCCCUUUCCGGGUAAAGGGCCAUACCCCAGAGGCCUUGGACUAUAGGUACAUGCUCGUGGGCUCCUACACGAUGCCAAAGCUACCAGGAACCACUUGUGACUCCGGGGAUGUGAUUGUGAACAACCCAGCAGCCGGAGUUGGAGAUAUAGAAGUUCCAGGGCAUCCUGUGGACGAUGUAGAUCAGGCAGACAUGGAUCGACUCAACGCCGAGUACCAAGAGCUGGUCAAGGAGGUGGGUGACAAAAUGGAUUAUCAGGUGCUUAGGUAUGCUGUGCCGAUGAGAUCCAGAAGAGCUUCGGAAGUCAACGCUGGGGUGAGACAGAUGUAUUUGCAAGUGAAGGCGGAUGGAUUGGAGGUGUUCAGGUUGCACUCAGAUCGAGCAACGGAGCUUUGCAAUCGUCGUCUUCGCGAAUGGCUACUAGACCGUGGAGUCUUGGCUACCACAGGAGAAGCUCAAACACCCCAACAGAAUGGAAGAGCCGAAGCCACUGUCAAGUUUGUGAAGGCCGAAGCCAGACUGUUGAUGACAACAGCGCAGUUGCCGAAGCAAACAUGGCCCUUAGCUAUGCGGUACGCCACAACCCGACAGCGACACAAGGCCCUGGGAAGGACCGAUGAGCUACCUUGCUUUGGGACUCCCGUUCAUGUCAGGACAAAGAUCUAUGGCAAGGCUGGGAAGUAUGAUGUGGACAACAAGUGGGCGCAAGGGGUGUAUGUCGGACCUUCAGAAGAUGUUCAACAUGGGCACGUGGUACGGUUCCCCGAUGGCACGUUUGUCACAAGCUUGCACCUGAAGCAGAAGUUAAUUAAUGCAGACGAGCUGGUGGAUUUGGAGCCUCGAGAAGUUGAGCUACCUCUGCCCGAGAGGAGAGUUCGAAGGAAGACGCGGCUGGCACGGAUACAAGGCGAGCAUCCAUUGACGGCUGAGGAGGAGGCUGCCGAGCUCAAGGCGAAAUGCUUGUGGAAGGAAGGGGAUUGGUCCAUGCAAGCGAUGUUGACCUUGUAUGAGUGUCUCCAAACAGCUCGAGGGAAGCAAGUGUCAGGAAGAGCAGCGUCGUCACCGGGCUCGUCGUGGUACACCGGCACGUUUGUUCAUGGGGGU